AUGGUAGCUGGCCUUGUUCCUCGCAUGGUCCGAGAGUCCACGCGAAGCGCGGAUGGACCGGGCGCGCAUCUUGGAAGCAGGCUGCUGCUGCUAUUGCUGCUGCUACAGCUUCUCGUCCCCCAGCAACUGCUACACACAGCUGCGCCGCUAGCGGACAACUACCGCGACACCACUUGGUACGACGUCUCCGAGCUGCCACAGCACCUGGGACCAACGGAGCCUGUCGUACUGUGGUAUCGCAACGACCUGAGGGUGGAUGACCAUCCGGGCCUUACAGCGGCGGCGGUGGCAGUUGGAGCCGCGGGACCGAGCGGCACCUCCGCGUCUCCACGGCCGCUGGCACCUGUGUUUCUGUUGGAUCCUGUACGGCUGUCGUACUUGGCCUUUACGCCUGGGGGACCCGAGGCUCUGUCAGCUGCCCUGGAGCGUCUCCGUGCCGAGCUGCGUGUCCGCGGCAGCGACUUGGCGAUACGAGUGGGCUCCUGGGAGCAGCAGCUGACGGCGGUAGCGCGGACGGUGGGAUCUAGGGCCGUGGUUUCGGAGGCGGAGGUGGAGCUCAGGUGGCGCCUGCCCGCGGGUGCCGCUCUUGAUCGUGCGCGUGACGCGCUGGGGGUCGCCUCGUACGGCUGGCGGGCGGCGCUCUGGCGGGCGGACCACUUCGACAUUCGAUAUCGUACUUGGCGAGCGCAACGCGGGCCCCCGGCGGAGCCGCUGCCGGCGCCCUCCGCGUUGCCGCCCUUCCCCGCCUCCGUGGAACCAGGGCGCAUCCCGGGCGCCGCGGAGAUGCGUAAGCUGCUGACGGAGGCGGCGCUGGCGGUGUACGACGACGGCAAGGACAGCGGGCUGGCGGCGGUGGCGGCGGCGGUGGCGGCGGAGUGCGCGAGCGGUCCUGACGCUGAUCGAGCCGUACGCGUGUGUGCCGGUCCGGACAGCCCCCUGCAGCUGCUGAAGAUGUACCUCGGAACCGCACCAGCCCCGCCCCCCUCCGCCACCGCCACCGCCUCCUCCGUCUCCCUGGACGAGGAGGUCGCGGCUCUCCGACGGCCCGGGGUGGACGGAGCUCCCUUCACCGGGCUGUUCAGCAGCGCCAAGGCACUGGGCACCUUGUCUGCACGGCGGGUGUUGAAGGAGGCCUACAUCGCCGACGGCCGGCCGUACGGCAGUGUGGAUCCUCAGCGGCUGCGCACUCCGGCGGCGGUGGCCGCGGCGGUGGCGGCGGAGGCGGCGGACUUCCAUCGGGCCCUUGCCGUACUGGACGACGACAGGGUGGUGGGCCCCGGAGUGGAAGUACACUUUUGGCGGUGGAGGGGCGGACUGACCGAUUACUGCGUGGCUGAGCCUGAACAGCCUCUGCCAGGCGCUCCCGCCGUACUGCUCGUCCAUGGUUUUGGGGCAUUUGGCGACCAGUGGCGCGACAACAUGGCGGCGCUGGCGGCGGCGGGUUUCCGCGUGUUGGCCCCCACCUUCCCUGGAUUCGGCCGCAGCCAGAAAGCGGCGGUGCCGUACAGUCAGGACCUUUGGCGGGACUUUCUCAGGGACUUUGUGUUGCAGGUUGUGGGUGCCCCGGUGGUGGUUGCGGGCAACUCCAUCGGCGGCUUCAUCUCCACGUGUCUGGCGGCGGACUACCCCCCCCUGGUGCGGGGACUGGUGCUGCUGAAUAGCGCAGGUCCCAUCGACCCCUCCUUCAACAUUGACUCCUGGCGUGCCGCUGUGGCUGCGGGUCGCCCCGCCCCCCCCGCCCUCCUCGUCUCCGCCAUCUCCUCCGCCCUGUUCUGGUACCUGGAGCGGACAGUGCCCUCCACCCUGAAGUGGCUGUACCCCACCAACCCGGCCAAGGCGGAUGAGUGGCUGGAGAGGGAAAUACUCAGGGCUGCGGGUGACAGUGGCGCCAUUGACGUGUUCAAGGCCGUGUGGUAUCUGCCGCCUCCGCGAGCGCUCAACUGGCUGAUUGCGGAGGCGUGGAGGGGACCCACAUUGGUACUGCAGUCCCAGGGCGCACUCGACCCCCUGAACGACGCCCCUUCCCGAGCCCGGCAGCUGGGCCGGCUGUGUACCAAUGUGGAGGUGGAGCUGCUGCAGGCGGGCCACUGCCCCCACGACGAGGUUCCGGAGCAGGUCAACGAGGCCCUGCUGCGCUUCAUCCGUACAUCCGUACUGCGGGACGAGCAGGGCGGGAGCACUGCUGCCACGACGACCCCCGCCGUGGCCGCCGCCUCCCCCGCCCCCUCAUUGCCUGCCCUGGGUGACAGGGCCUAG